AUUGUAUUAUUUAAAAUCUUAAAAAUGAAGGGCGGCCUUAAUAAGUAUUUUGCCGGGAAGACCAAAUCAAGCACGAAUAAGGGUGAUAAGAAAGAAGCCAAGCUGAAGUCUCCAAUAAAACCAUCAACCCCCAAAAAGAAAAAGAAGGUGGAAGAGAAAAAGGAAUCCGGCUCAACUCCACGAAGCAAGGCUGGAGAUAAAAAGAGCUCUAGAGCAUCCAACAAGAGUCAAGAUGGCAAAAAGAGCCAGAAGAGUACCCCAAGAAAAACUAAAGUGGAAUUUACUCCAAAAUCCCCAGCUUCAAACAAGGAAGAUAGCGCAUCUCGUCCUAGAACAAGGAAGAGACUGAAAAGAAACACACAGGAUGAAGAUAUAGACCUAGUGAAUGUCAAAGCUUCAAACAAGGGUGAGACCUCUGCUGAUUACUUUGAUAAAUUCGCCCAUAAAGAAGGGAAGCUUAAGAAGAAGGCCACUCCUAAGAAGGCAACUCCUAAGAAGAGUACUCCAAAGAAAGCCACUCCUAAGAAAUCGGGGCUAGACAAGAAGCCAACCCCUCAAAGAAGAAGUAGGAGGAACAAGAGGGUUGACUCAGAUGAAGAUUAUAGAGAGGACCCAGAAGAGGCUAAAGAGCUUGAAGACUGCAUCUCUGAUUCUCUCGAUCUUGAAAACGUCAUCAGUGACUCAGACCAGACUGAAAAGGUAGAAGAACCUAUCUCAAGAAAGAGAAAGCCAGCUGCUGUAGAGGAAGAAAAGAAGAGAGGAAAGCGGCUCAAGUUUGAUGAAAAGAAAGUAAGCACUAAAAGGCUAGAAACUAAGUCUCCAAGCAAAGAAGCUUCUAGUAGACCAACCCCUAGUGAUCCGACUCCUUUGGAAGGAGUAACUUUCGUGUUUACAGGUCUAUUUGAGAAUAUCUCAAGAGAAAGACUUGAAAAAUUCGUCAUAGAUCUUGGCGGGAGAGUUACAUCUGGAGUGAGCGGGAAGACCACCUACCUUAUUACAGGAUAUAAACUCGAAGAUGGUAGAGAGGUUAACACCUCUUCUAAGUUCAGAAAAGCGAAGGAAAAGGGGAUCUCAACAAUGACCGAGUCUGAGCUAGAGGACCAUCUUAAAAGGGUUUUGGGUAAUAAACACUUCACAUUUGAAUAUUACGAAGAUUGGACGGAUCCUGAGUUCUGCAAGAAAAGAGCUGAAGGGACUCUUGAUGAUAAAGCAACAGUUAACCCAGAUUCUUCAGCUGCAGCAAUGACUAAAAAUAUGCUUUUGACUGAAAAGUAUAAGCCUAUCACUACCAAAGAUCUUGUUGGCAAUAAAUCAGAGAUCAAAUCCCUCUCAGAGUGGCUAAAAGAAUGGGAUGAUGUUCAUGUCAGAGGAAAUAAAAAGAAAGUGCCAAUGAGCAGAGGAAAUUAUUGGGCAAACGCUCCAAGACUUAAUGCUAGAGCAGCUCUUAUCUCAGGACCUCCAGGAGUUGGAAAGACUUCAACAGCAAGGAUCAUCAGUAAGGAGCUUGGCUUCCAAGUCCUUGAGAUGAACGCAAGCGAUACAAGGAACAAGAAGGCCAUCGAAAGCUUGGUUGGAGAAUUGAGUUCCAAUAAAUCAAUGGAUUACUUCAUUCAAGGAAGAGACAACAGUAAAAGAUUAACAGCAAAUUUGAGCAAAAAGAGUGUCAUUAUCAUGGAUGAGGUCGAUGGAUGUGGAGGAGGUGACAGAGGUGGAAUAGCAGCGCUUAUUAAAGUUAUUAAGGUUACAAGGACUCCAAUUAUUUGUAUCUGCAAUGAUAGAGAAAAUCGGAAACUUGCUACUUUGAUAAACCAUUGCUUUGAAGCUAAAUUCACAAGACCAAAAGAAUCUCAAAUUAUUGGAAGAAUCAGGCAAAUUGCAAGUGCUGAGGGGCUUAAGAUUGAUGAUAAAGUAAUUGGACUUCUGAUUAACCAAUCUGGAAGUGAUAUCAGACAAGUUAUCACACAGCUUCAGAUUAUGCUGACUACAACUAAGUCUUUAUCUUUUAAAGAUAUCAAAGAGAGAAUAUCAAGAACAUCGAAGGAUAAGAUAUUGAUGAUAAAUAACUUUCAGGCUGCAAAUAAACUGCUGAAUAAAAACGAGUUUGAUGAUAUGAGCUUCAAAGAAAGAAUGGAUAUGUUCUUCAUUGAUUACGAUUUUGUCCCACUACUAGUUCAUGAAAAUUAUCUUGGAGCAAUUGAUCAUGGCUUCCAAGUAGGACUUAAUGACUUAAAGAGAAUGGCGAAUGCUGCAUCCUACAUCUCCUUAGGUGAUACAGUCAAUCGGAGAGUAAGAGGUAACAUGGAAUGGACUCUCCUCCAAGAUCUGGGAUUCACCUCCUCAAUAGCUCCAUGUCAUUACUCUGAAGGUCAGUGUCAUUAUCCAAGGUUCCCUCAGUGGCUAGGGAAGAAUUCCUCAACUAUAAAGUCAAGAAGACUAAUCAAUGAGCUGAAGAAAUCAAUGGGGCAUAGAGCACAAUGAGAUAGAAAGACCUUGCUCACAGAAUAUCUUCCUCUAAUUUUCGAUGAGAUCUACAAACAUAUCGAAAAGGAUGAUAUCGAAGAGGCAAUUAAGGUGAUGGAUUCUCUCAACAUCAGUAAUGAUCAGUUCAAAGAUCACGUGCUUUCUCUCCUCAUGGAUCCUAAGCGUAAGGCUAAGUUAGACAAGAUUCCGACCAAGGCUAAGACAGCUUUCACUAGGGCUUACAACGCUACUCACAAAACUUCCUUGAAGGCGAAGAAAAAGAAGAAGGAAGGCAAAGAUGUCGAAAUGGAUCAGUUCGAUCCAGACAGAGAUGAGGAAGAAGAUAUCAGCGAUGACGAAGACUCAGAAGAAAUUGAAUAUGACAUCGAAGAGAUCAAGAAUAAAGCCAAAGGCAAGGCCAAAGGUAAAGGUAAAGCUAAAGGCAAAGCUAAAGCCAAGUCAAAGAAGAAGUAG